UUUUUUGGGAGUAAAAGUCAACUUGUCCCUGCAAAGUGGACACAUUUGUUGUGAACGGUCUUCUGUAAGCAACACCCAAUCACAGCAAUGACGUCACGACACUCGUGGCCUCAUGUCUUUGUUGCGUUUUUUUGGACUUCCAAAUCCAACGUUUAAACCACACAAUUAGCAUUCGAUCAUUCUAUCCGACAGUCGGUAUGCACAGUAUGUUAUUAACUGUCAUCGUGUGUUGGCAAUAAUUGUUCGCGAGAUGUCGCGGCAUUGGGACCGAAGCAACCGCGUAUUGCCAUGACAACCGUGAACUGCAUCGUCCACGUUUUUUUUCCCAUAUUCGUUCAGGAAAAAAGGCUCAAUGACACUUUUGAAUUUGAUUUAUGCUUAAUCACAGGUUAUUGGUUGCAAUAACUUUUAAAGAAGACCUAAAUUUGGACACAAAUGCCAUUUUAUUGUCAACAUAUAUAUAACAAUUCCAUCCAUCCAUUUUUCUACCGCUUAAUUGUCCCUUUUGGGGUUGUUUUACUUAAGUGCACGUCAUUUAUUUGCUCAAAACUUAAUGAUACUUGUAUCUAUAGUCAGCUGUAUGUUAUAUGGAGUGAAACCUAGCUGCCUGCAGCAAGUACACCAAUCUGCGUGUUUAAAUGAUCAAUGCAAUAUAUUUUGUGAUCAAUCACAUGAGUUAAUUCGUUAUUUUUGACAGCCCUUAUAAUAAUAUAUAAUUGUUGUUAAUGACUGAUGCAUUUGUUGUGUUGUCCAUUUGUUAUACUUAGUGUAAUUUCAACAAACUAGUAAAAAAUGAUUGCACUAUUCUAAAUAUUUACCAUGAAUUGAUUAAGGUGGACCCCGACUUAAACAAGUUGAAAAACGUAUUCGGGUGUUACCAUUUAGUGGUCAAUUGUACGGAGUAUGUACUGUACUGUGCAAUCUACUAAUAAAAGUCUCAAUCAAUCAAUCAAAUAUCGCUCCCAUGCACCCAGUCAACUCAUCUCGUCAAAACUCCGGUCUUCUGCACCUUUCCUCGUAACUUUUUUCUAUGCUGGAAAAAAAACAGCAGUUCACUCGAUCAAAACAUUUAAAAUUUCCACAAAUUCUUUUGAGAUGCUUUAUAUAUAUGUUAUAUGUUUUACAUUGCCGCUGUUUUACUCUCGCGAGAUCUGGCAACACUGCAUGUCCAUCCGCGAGGAUAAAACGUGCACUACGCUCAAGAAAAUGUCGACAGAUGUUCGUCAAUAUUUUUUUUUAUAGGAAACAAAAGGUUAAACUUUUUGUAAGUUAGUGCUAAAGUCUUGAUGUGGUCUUUACACUUUUUUUGCGGUGAAAGUUAGCGCCCGUGCGGAUGAAUACAAGGUGGCUACGAGACUAUAGGAAGGUCUCGCGAGGCCGCUGGUGGCGGUUGCUGGGUUUUAAGUUCAAAGGUUUAAACUCCCUAAAGAGUUUUUUGACACAGUAGCUCAUAGAAAAGCUGUUCUCCACUCACACAUAGUUCAGCUUCUCAUCAUGCCUUACUAUUCCCUGGAUGACGAGGAAGACCUGCUGUUGGGCCCUGAUAAGGAAAUCUGGAAGAAGUUUGAGCCGCUGUCAUCUAGCCAUUCAUCAUCGGCGACGGCAUGGGACCUGCUGGACCAGGACCGUCCGUCUUCCGUCUUCCUUCAGUCCUAUGUCAUCCACGACUGCAUGUGGAGCAGCAGCUUUGGCGCCGCCGAUAAGUUGAAGAAGGCGGUGUCUCAGAAUUGGGUGGCUCUGCAAGCGCGUCAUGACUCCACCUCGUCUACUAGUGACAGUGCUAGCAAAUGUCAGGGCCAGGUCCCCCAGAUGAAGACAAGCCGCGCACUGGACUUUCUGACAACCACGAUGACCUGCAUCAACCCCUCAGAGGUUCUUCCGUACUCAACGCUCCACAGGAGACAGGAUGUGACCAAAGCGGCGGGACCAGGGGCCAACAUCUGCCCAUCAGAAGAACCUGUGGAGGAAGACAAGGAGGACAAGAUGCCGCUUUCCAAUGUCAACAUCCAACAGCACCACUACGCCCCCCCGCAGCAGACUCGAAUUAGGAGUCAGAGCACAUUUGCACCUUAUUGCGGCAAGGACAGACAGAAGAGUGCCAAAGUGAUUGGGCGCCAAUGCAGAAAGGAGCUGAAUAGGAGCUUCUUGGCACUGAAGGCGCAUGUCCCGGACUUAGUCCCAGGCCGCAGAAACCCAAAGGCAGCCAUCCUAAAAAGAGCAACAGAGGUGAUCAUGGCGGUCCAAGCGGACGAGAAGAUGCUUUUGGCCAGGAAGGAAACGCUUAUAGCAAGGAGGUGGGAGUUGAAGCACAGACUGAAACAACUCGACUCUUAAUCUCUCACUUCCUGUUUGUUGGCUCACCUCAUCGCCAUCAUCGUGACAUGUUGGCGGCCAUCGCUCACUUUUAUUCUUUCAAAUAGGGGUGUAAAUCACCAAAAAUGAUUCCCGGGCGCGGCACCGCUGCUGCCCACUGCUCCCCUCACCUCCCAGGGGGUGAACAAGGGGAUGGGUCAAAUGCAGAGGACAAAUUUCACCACACCUAGUGUGUGUGUGACAAUCAUUGUCAAGCAACCUCACGGCUCACUUUGGGUACAGUAAGUGUACGA